GAGUGUCAGUCAAGACUCCUACGGUUGCCUUGCGUUUCUUAUUACUGUUUGACAUUUUGUCUGCGUUUCGUCAAAAAAGAGAGUAAAACCUUAAAGGGAUGUGGGAGAAGCUUACACAAGUUCACUAGCGGUUUUGUAGCGUUCUUUGCACUUUUUGAGUCGUUCUUGUGUUUUUUUUCUUCAGUCGACCGCACGUCACCUUGCCAAAGAGACACCUGCUAAUGUUUAUCGACAUUUUUUUUCUUGUUGACGAUUUAUUUAAUAACGGAAUUAUUUUGGAACUUAUUUCGGUGAAUUCCGACAGACUUGGGCAGGAUGCCUUGGAAGAGAGUCUCUCUGUUACGGAGUUACAUUAGGAAAUGCACAAAGCUCUGUGACUAAAACUCACCACACUGCGGCACGGCUUCGCGAUAUAACCGCUUUGCGACCGUCUGUCCACUUGCCGAGUCUCAGGAAUGUUGUAAAACCCGUAGUUUUCCGUGGGACUGGGGGACAGAAAGUCGAAGAAGGUGAGAGACACAACGGGUGACGGGUGCGCGAGAACGCGGAGUAUUAUAAUGGCUCUCGCGGUGGUUUCUCUCUACCUCCUCGCGCUCGCCUGGACGAACUUGCGCCCGGUCCAAGGAAACAACCGGCACGCCGUGUACUGGAACAGCUCAAACAUACAUUUGCGGAGAGAAGGCUACAGCGUACAGGUCAGCGUUAACGACUACCUUGAUAUCUACUGUCCACAUUAUAACCAGAGCCAGCGGGGGACGCUGGAGCGUGGCGUGGCCGAGCAGUACGUUCUCUACAUGGUCAGUUAUCGAGGCUACCGCACCUGCGACCCACAGAUGGGCUUCAAACGCUGGGAGUGUAACCGACCACAUGCACCCCACGCGCCUAUUAAAUUCUCAGAGAAAUUCCAACGUUACAGCGCUUUCUCACUAGGCUAUGAAUUCAACGUGGGUCACGAGUACUACUAUAUAUCUUCACCAAUCCAUCACCAUGGACACAGUUGUUUAAGACUGCGGGUGUUUGUCUGCUGUUCUACAGUUUCUAAUGCAGAUGAUGACAUGAACCCAAGUCCUCCUGACUACACUGUCGGUCCCAAACUGCAUGAUAUUGAUGAGUUUAACCCUGAGGUCCCCAAACUGGAGAAGAGUGUAAGCGGCAGCAGUCCGUCUGGAGACCGACUGUUAAUCACUGUGGCGACGCUCCUCCUCGCUGCUCUUCUCGUGUCCUAGCAACCGUCUCCCUCUUUGACAUUUCUGUGCCAGCAGGCCCGAGCACUCCAAAACAAUCGCCUUUCGUUCAACCUGCGCGGGAGAAUAUUCAAUCAGAACAGAUUAACCACAAGUUGAGCCCUAACACGGGACUAAUUGUAGACCUACCGCACCCAAACAGUGGCCUUCGUCUCCACAGUUUUGAUUCAAACUAAACUGGAACGGAGUAAUAAGAACAACAUGCUUCUCAAAGCAUUGAUUUCAGAAUUUGCCUUUGUGAUGGAACGUCCACUCUCCAUCCUCAAAAAUACUGGAGGAAAAUGAGUCCAACAAGACAGUGAGGUCUUCUUACCUCCAGCUACACACAUUCUUGGGUUAAUUAACCCAUCCAGACCAUCCAGCUCUUGUGGGGGAUACUCUGAAACUGAUUUGAAAAUGUAUUUGACAACCAUUGCGAAGUGGUCAGUCCUCAUUGUAUGGAUCUCUGCGGAGGGACUCAAGGAUUGGUGGAAACCUUUGAUCCUGUCUUAAAGUUCUGUUGCACCCUAUACCUUCAUGACUGCAUUGUGUGCCAGUCAUUGAUAGUGCUACAGAUAAACAUAGCACAUUCAUCCCAGAUCAAUAAAACUCAUUUGGCAGUCACUAAGUUCAGGUGUUAGCCUUAUGAAUCGAUCACAGACUGGUGCAGCUGCGAUUUCUGCUAGUUGCUAGGCUGAUGUCGUGUCUGGGAGCUGUAUUGGAAACAAAGUUUCCAUCUAUUGUCCUAGAUCCAUUCCUGAACUUGGAAAAUAGAGGCACAUUACCAGCCAGACCAUUACGUUUGUACGGUAUAUAUUGGAAGGCCAAAAGAGUUUGGUCUUCAUAGCAGUCUCUCAAAAUCUUGAGUGUUAGACUUGCAUUGUAAUAAAAGGGAAUAAAGACAGACUGAAUGAUAGAUAGUCCAUUAUUUUGUUUCUUGUAGUAUGUAUGUUAUCAUGGAAAGGUAGCAUUCAGUGAUUGGCCAGUGGCUAAAGGGACGUGCCACUGAUUAGUAUAGUAGAAAUUUUAGUAAGAGUGGUAGAGUCGUAAACUGCAAUUCACUGUUUUAUAUCGAAGAAUUGCAAUGCAGAAUACAUUUUUUACUGCACAGCACAUAUUUAAUUACUGUACUUUGAGUAUGUAACUUUAUACACUUAAUUUAUUUAGUUAUUUAUUGAUCAUUUGAUCCUUCUUGAAACUUUGAGUUUUCGUCUGCUUUCUUGAGGGAUCUUCCCUCGUCUUUGCAAAUGCCAAAUUAUUUUGUUUGUUUUUUGUUUGUUUCUGUUCAUGUGCCAGCAAAUUGAGUUGCUUCAAUUCAUAGUUACACUAUAGGGAAAAGGACAUCCCUAAUGCAUUCAUACAUUACCAACAGCAGUCUCAGUUAUUAUAGGUACAUCAUCUGCAUAAGGAAAGUCAUUAUUGGACAAUGUGAAGAUGAUGUAGUCUA